AUGCUGUUUGAUUCACGACCUCGUUUUAUUUCUUUCGUGACUAUUAUAAUUGCAUUUUUCAUUGGCUUUUUUUUCUUGGCUCAACAACUCAUUCAACAAGAUGAUCUUGUAAAAGUUGGUGGUAAUUGGUUAAAAGAAAAAUUCGAAGCUUAUUUACUAGAUAAUAAAUUGGGUCAUGGUAGUUGGACUAAAAUUUUAAGUCAUCAAGACUUCCCUGACUACCAAAUUAGACUAAAAGAACCAAAAUUAUGUGAUGCUUCUGUUCAACAGUUAAUUCCAUAUUAUCAUUAUGAUUCUCCAGGGAACGAUGCAUGGACUAAAGAAUUAGAUUGGAGUGGCAAACAAGGAUUCAAUGAUGCAAAAACUAGACCUUGGAAGGUCAAAGGUGAUAAAUCUGUGUAUGCGGGUGAAGCUAGAACUUACAAAGGACUUACUUUUUUAAGAGUUUUUGAAGCGGGACAUAUGGUUCCAUACGAUCAACCUCGUUCCACCUAG